AUGCCAACUAAAGUACUUAAAUAGUAAAGUUAAGACUUCUUUCCCAGAAGUGCAAACCAUGCCAAAACAAAGGGCUUUAUCUUCAAUCAAGCACCCAUUAACAAAAAGGUAGCUUAAGAGGAACUCAAAGAGAGCAUAGUGAGUGGUGGAGCUGAAGGCAAAGGAGUUAAAAAGAACAAGAGAUCUGCCUUCAUGGCUAAACUCUAUGAUGAUGAUGAAGUAAUGGACGAUGAAAUGAAGGUUUUCGAUAUGGAUAGAGCCGAUUCAGGUGAUGAUGCUCCUGAGGAGGGCAAGGUAAAGAAGAGAACUGAAAAAGCUUCAGAUAAAAAAGAUAGUAAGAUAAUAAGAGCAAAGACAUCUGAGGUCUCUACAAACAAAAUCAAUAGACUUAAAUUCAACCCAGGAACUGUAGGUUUGUUCGCAAUCAGCGAGAUUCAUCAAAAGUAUCUGAUAGUCAAUUACACCAGAAACACCAAGGGAUACGUAUCCUUAGAAGGAAGAGAAGACUUAUCUAAGAAAUUGGAGAUUGGGCAGUUCAUUAUUGCUCAAGUUAUCUCGGCAGGGACUUCAAAAUAUAUGGUAGAGUCAAGUGGCAAUAGAAACAAGAAGCUUCAACUUACUCUUUAGACUGAUUUCCUUAAUAAAUCUCUGUCUGCUGAGAAUCUAGCUAAUAACAUGGUCCUGUAAGGUGAGGUAGAGUCUAAGGAAGCUAAGGGAUUCUUGCUUAACUUUGGAUUGAAGGAUAAGACCAAGGGUUUCUUGCCUUUUGACGAUACCACUGCUCAUUUGUAGAUUGGUUCAAUUGUCCAAGCUUAGAUUAAAAGUGUCAUGGCUAGCUCUAAGAUAACCAAGUGCAUUAUUGCUGGUUAAACAAGCAACCUGCCAGAGCAUACUAAUUUCAUGAAUCAAAAGGAGAUAACUCUACAUAAUCUUAAGCCAGGUUUCCUUGUGAAUGCUAAGAUAUCAAAAUUAUUGGAUAAUGGCAUUGAAGUAGGUUUCUUAGGAGGCUUCAAGGGAACAAUCUUUACAGAUCAUUUGGACAAAUGUGACCCAUCAAAGUACAAGAUAGGAGAAAAACUAGCAGCCAGAAUCAUUAUGAUUGAUACUUCUGCCUAGAAUAUUUCUCUUAGCAUUCUUCCACAUCUUAUUAAGAUGCAGACUGUCACAAAGUAGCUUUUGCAAGAAGGCAUUAAAGUAGGUUAAGUUCUUGAGAAAUCAAGCAUUGACAGAGAACUCUACGGUGGUUCUUACAGAAUCAAGAUAGGUCAAGAUCAAUUUGGGUUCUUGCAUAAGAUUCACACCAAGAAGCAUGAGUAAGCUGAAGAGGAAAAGGCUUAGGAAUCAGAAGAGGAGGAAGAACUCCCAGGAAAGAAGCCAAAGAAGGACAAAAAGAAGUUGACAAAGACUGCAGGUGAUUAUGAGAUCGGGUAGAAAUUGGAAAAAUUAAGAGUUAAGGAGAUCAACUACUUCGAUGGUGUUCCAAUUCUGUCAAUGAGAGAAGAUAUUGUUACCUCUUCAAGUCUUAACUAUGACAACUUGAAAUGUGGAGACUUUGUAUCAGGAAUUAUUUAAGAUGCUGACGACAAGCAGAGAUUUGUAACUAUCACCCUUAAUGACUUCGUAAGAGGCAGACUCUACUUAGAACACAUGGCAGAUUACCCUAUGAAGGUCAUCCCACCCAAGUAUCUAGAUUUCGGCAAGCCUCUCAAAGUUAGAGUGUUCAACGUAGACCCAGCUACUAGAACGCUAGAGUUUACCAGAAAAGAAACAUUCCUUAAAGGCAAAGCUGAUGUCUAUCAAUCUUAUAGAGAUGUAGCAAAGGGCGCUAAGCUAUAUGGAGUUAUAGUUGGAGAGAAUGAACAUGGUUACAUUGUCAAGUCAUUUGGAGGAGUUAAAGGACUCCUUACAUUUGCUGAUAUUAAAACUAAUAGCAAAAACUCAAAAAAAGAUACUUCAUAAUUCAAAUUCGGAACUCUCAUUAAGGCUUAUGUUUUAUUCAAGAAGAAGGAUUAAGGUAUGGCUCUUACUCUUGACAAGGUCAAGGCAAAGGAGCUCAGAGAGGAAUCUAAGUCAAAGGGAAAGAGCUCCUCAAAUGGUGACAAAGAGGGAUCUAAGGGUGCUUAGAAGUUUGAGGACUUCUUGCCCACUUCUGAUGAGAUGACUCAACUUAAGGACAAAUAUAAGACUCUACUAAAAGUAUCUCAAGAAAAAUCUAAUGUUGGAAAAGUUAAUCAGUUCAGAGUGAUUGAGCAGACAGAUAGAUACUUAGUUUGCAAGAGCUUAGAUACUGCUAAGAAAUCAUAAAAUUAUGUAGCAAUUCUGCCCAACAUAUUGAUAUGCAAGCAUUACUAACCUUCCUUCACUUUAGAAGAUUUCACUUUCAAUGGUAUUAACCUAGAAAUUAUAACUGAUGCCUUCCCAAUUAUUUCAACCUAGUUUGAGUUGAUUAGCCUUAAGGACUAAAUUCCAAAGUCAAACUCAGAAAUUAGUAUCGACAACAGUGAAAGUAGAAUUUACGCUGGUUUAGUAUCUGAAAGCAACAAAAGUGGAGUCUUCGUCAGAUUCCUAGAUGGAUUGAAAAAGCUUAUCAUUAUUAAAGACCUAGAGACUGUGUAAAACUAUACUGAAAUCUACACUCCAGGCAAGGUAGUUAGAGUAGCACUCAAUAAACUAGGUAGACUAUGCUUGAAAAACAAUGUUAUUUACCUUAACAACGUUGAAAAUAUAAAAAAGGAUCAGCAAGUUAAGAUAAAGAGCUUCUAUCAAGAGAUUGAAACUUAGCUAAAAGCACAUCAAGUCAACAUUGGAGACAAAGUCUAGGGAGAAGUAUCCCUAGUUAAGGAUUAUGGUUUGAUCGUAUCUGCUGAAAAAUAUGAAGGCCUUACUGGAUUUGUCCUUACAGACCACUAAGUUGCUGGUAAAAGUUACAAAGAAGGUCAAAAGAUUACUUGCAUUGUAAUGGACAUUGACUUUGAGAAAGAAAUUAUUGAUUUAAGUGAAAAACUUGCAGAGGAGAAGUCUAAAUCUCAAAAAAUUAGUGUUGGUUCUUAAUAGAUGGCAAUAGUUGAGCUAAACAAAGAAGAAUACUUGAUUGUCAGUUUUAAGCUAAAUAGAAAGAAGUUUGCGUUGCUGAAUACUCAAACCUUCAAUAAUGAUUUAUCUCCUAAUCCAAAUGACAAAUACUAAAUAGGUGAUGAAAUCGAGGUGAUAGUAGCUGAGGAGACUGAUUCAGGAUUUAGUCUCGCAACCCCAGCUCUUAAGAGUGCUGAGAAAAAUGCUAAGAAUGGCUAAAAGAAUGGCGCCCCUCUGAUUGCUUUGUAGCCAGGAGUCCUUGUUAACUGCCAAAUAAAGAGCAAAAAGCACGAUUGUAUCUUCAUGCAAAUACAAUAGCAAGGUGGCUUAGUUAUUGGAAGAAUGCACAGAAUUGAAUGCCAAAAUGAUAAUGAAUUCAAAAAUUUCGCAGUUGGUGAAAUUGUAUAAGCAAAAGUUUUGAAGGUAAGUCAAGAUGAUAAGAAGACUUGGAUUGAGCUCACUAGAAGAAAGGAACACAUGAAGAAGACAGUUGGACUUGAUCAAGAUACCUUAGAUAAGACCUUUUAAUCAAUGGAGGAUUUAAAGAAUGGAUAGCAAUAUGACGCUCUUAUCACUGAUGUCAACUAUUCAUACUCAUCUCCAGUCUCUAUUAGUUUGUCACCUUUUGUAAGAGGCUCAAUAAAUUUCGAUAAAGUUAUUACUGCUGAAACUCUUUAGAAAGAAGGCAGCUCCUACUUGUAAAUUUUCAAUCCAGGAAACCGCAUCAAGGUCACUUACAAUAACGGCCAUUUCUAGAUAAUUCAAACACCACCAAAGACUAAACUUGCAAAAGGCAUGAAAGUGGUUGUCAGAUUUGUGAAAGCAGUCAAUGGAAAAGGUAUUACUGUCUAGAUAGAUGAAAAGACAUUUGGAUUCAUUGAUAUUUCUGAAAUUACUGAUGAUAUCAUCGGAAGAGUGUGCGAACACUAACUAUAAAACUCACCACUUUUUGUAGCAAGGGUUAUUGCUUUUGAUAAACACGAGAAACCAAUUCUAUCUGCAAGAGAAUCUGUCAUUGAUGAUGCUAAAUGGUCACUUAUCUUGCCAGAGGGUAAGACAGUCUACUUCAUGAAGCAUGAUGAUAAAAAUCAAAAGUUAGGAAAUCAAAGAAAUAAGCUUCUCAAGUUCACAAAGAAUAUCGGCAUCUAAGAGGGUGAUCUCUGUCUCGGUUAUGUCACUAACAUUGGCAAGAGUGGAUGUUUUAUUUAAAUUGGUUAUAACACUACUGUAAGAGCAGGUCUUAAUGAACUUAAUGAUGAUUCAUCAUUCGACUUCAAGGAUUAAAUGCCUUUAGGUAGACUAGUAUUGGGAAGAGUUGUGAAAGUUGAUGAUUAGAAGAGAUACAACGUCACUCUUAGAAAGAGCAUGGUUGUAUUCGGUACCAACUCUAUUGAUAGAUCAGGUAUUCAACCAGAGUCAACAGUCGAAUGUAUUGUUAUGGCUUUAGCUGAUGGCAAAGCAUUUGCUUAAAUCAAGGGCAGUUAUCAUAAACUAAAAAUAAAGAAUAUUGGCAAGACUUCCUUAAAAGCAGGUGACCAUGUUAUGGCUAAGUUAGAGAAGGUCUCUAAACUAAAGAUUACAGCAUAGUUUGUUGAAAAGGUUAAGGAUUCAGGAAUGAGUGAAGAUGAGAAAAAGGUCGAGAAAUUAUGGAAGCUUAUUGAAGAAGAAGCAUAGAAAGAUAUUGAAGCUCAGAGAGAUCAAACACAUUAAGAAGAGAUCAACUUCCAACAUAUUAAAAAUCUUGGUAAUCAGCAAGCUGACAUUGAAGAACAAAUAAAAGACUUGAAUGAACUUGAAGAUUAAGAUGAAGAUAUGGAGGUAGUUCAAGGAGAUGAUAGUGAUGCUGAGGAAAUGUAAAGAAUUAUCAAGGAAAGCAAAACCUAUGAAGAUGAAAGCGAAGAAGAUGAAGAUGAGGAAAUGGAAGAUGAAGAAGAUAAUGACAGUGAUCAAAUGGAUGUGGAUGAUGAUAGUUCUGAUGAAGAGCAAAACAAGAAAAAGAAGAGUGGAAAGCAAUCACUAAAGUAAAGAGUAAAGGAGGAAUAAGAUAUUAGGAAGCAAGAGAAAGCACUGAAGGAUGGCAAGAACCAACCUAAAAAUAUUGAUGAUUUCGAGAGACUCUUGAUCCAAAACCAAGACUAGAGUUAUGUGUGGAUCUAAUAUAUGGCUCUAAUGAUUGAUAAACUCGGAAUAGAGUCAGCUAGAAAAGUGGCUGAGAGAGCUGUUAAGAGUGUGUCAAUUUCUAAUGAAGAAGAUAAAUUCAACAUUUGGGUUGCAUACAUGAAUCUUGAGAACAACUUUGGCAGUUAGGAGAGUCUUGAGAAAGUUAUCAAGAGAGCCCUUGAAGUUAAUGAGAGAAAAAGAAUUUACUUGCAACUUAUCAGCAUCUACCAAGCAUCUCAGAAAUAUAACUAUAUUGAAGACAUCUACAAGUUGCUAUGCAAAAAAUUCAACACUUCUUUCAAGAUUUGGUCUUCAUUCUUGGACUUCUUGUUCACAAUGAAAGAUCUUAAGAAGGACAAAACUAAUUUCCUGGUAAGAGAACUCAUUUUCUCAGAACCAAAGCAAGUACUAUAAAGAGCUCUUUAGAGUCUGCCAAAAGAUAAGCAUGUCAACAUCAUUUGCAAGUUUGGAUAAUUAGAAUUCAAGCACGGACAGCCUGAGAGUGGAAGAACUAUGCUUGAGGGUAUUGUAACUAACUAUCCCAAGAGAAUGGACAUCUGGGCUAUAUACAUGGAUAUGGAAUCAAAGUAUUGCGGGGAUAACAAGCAAUAAGCUAGACACUUGUUUGAGAGAUGCCUGACUAAUGAAAUUAUUAUGAAGAAGCCCAAAAAGAUGAAGCUAGUGUUCUAGAAGUACAUGGAGUUUGAAAUGAACAACGGCAACAAGAAGAACGUUGAAAAACUCAGAGAGAGAGUUGAGCAGUAUCUUGAGAAGGCAUUCAAUAAAGAAGAUAAGAAUGACUCUGACUCUGAAUGA